AUGGUCGUGUUCAACACGCUUUCCAAUCUGCAGGCGAAAUCCGACCCUGGCGUAAGCCGAACGAUCUGUUGGGCGUUGGGCACUCUGCUUGAAGGCGACAGCGAGAUGCUGGGUGCUUGGGAAAACUCUCUCGAGAACCCCGCACUUGCGCCUGAAGUGUUCGGUGAAUUGCAUGACCGAGGCGUUGUGUCGAUCAGGUUCUGCGUCGGAGACGUCGCAGGCGCCGAGGCGAAGUUCGUGAACACAUUCCGCCAUGCUGGGCUCCUGCCUUCUGUCGAGGCUUCUCUUGCCCGCUUGGCCCCGCAGGCUGCUCCACGCCAUCGCGCAACGCUGGUGACGAACCUGCGCGCUACGGCGGAGGCCGGGAGCUUGGACGCGGCGGGGGCGGAACUCGCGAAAUUGCAAGCGUCAGAACCCGGCAAAAAGUGCGCUGCAAUCGUGCGUCAAUGGGGGGAGGCACUGGCAGGAUUUGAGCCGCUCUUCGACCUUGACGCAUCGCUGCGGGAACGGAUCAGUUCAGCGGAUCGCACAGCUGCAAAACUCAAUGAAAAAUUGAACCGCGAGAUCCAGCGCCACGGGCCGUUCUCCGACUCCGCGGCAGCAUUUGAUUUUGUCGUUGCCUGGCUUGCAAAAGCCGAACGUGGGCUUGAUCGCGACCGUGCCGUGCAGUCGAGUGCCAAGCGGUCCAGCCGGCGAUUCAGCCAAAGUCGUCCUUCAGCGACCGGUGCGUCAGGCGUGCCGACCUUGGUCUAA